CUUCUGAUAGGAAACUAACAAAUCUUUACGCUUGCUUCAUGUCUGUUUUAACUUGUGUGUUUUGAUGAUAACCCUGGGGUCUUAUUAACACCAGUUCCUGUUUAUGUCUUUCAUACGUCUCCUAACUGUCCGGCGUCUCUGAGUUUCUUGAUGUGGGUAUUUUUGUUUCUUGCUUGUCUCUGUUUGUACACACUGUUGACUGUCCUGCUCCGUGUGUCGACGUGUGUGACUGAGAGCUUCUCCUCUGUGCCUGUUCAGCAUAAGCUGAAAUCUUCGCAGAAGGACAAAGUACGACAGUUCAUGUCCUUCACACAAGCAGGGGAGAAGACAGCUGUGUACUGUCUCACUCAGAAUGACUGGAAACUAGAGGUGGCCACUGACAACUACUUCCAAAACCCGGAUCUGUACUUCAAGGAAUCCAUGAAAACCUCAGUAGACCGAAAGAAGCUGGAGCAGCUCUACAACAGAUACAAAGAUCCUCAGGAUGAGAAUAAGAUUGGGAUUGAUGGUAUCCAACAGUUUUGCGAUGACCUCAACCUGGAUCCGGCCAGCAUAAGCGUUCUGGUAGUAGCAUGGAAGUUCCGAGCAGCAACACAAUGCGAGUUCAGCAAAAAGGAGUUCCUUGAUGGCAUGACUGAACUAGGAUGUGACAGUCCAGAGAAACUCCGCAGUCUGCUUCCUCGCUUGGAACAGGAACUGAAAGACAGUGGAAAGUUUAAGGACUUCUACCAGUUUACAUUUAAUUUUGCAAAGAAUCCUGGGCAGAAAGGUUUAGAUUUGGAGAUGGCAGUCGCUUACUGGAACCUAGUUCUGACAGGCCGUUUCAAGUUUCUUGACCUCUGGAAUACAUUUUUAUUGGAACACCAUAAGAGAUCUAUUCCCAGGGAUACCUGGAACUUGCUUCUAGAUUUUGGCAACAUGAUUGCAGAUGACAUGUCAAACUAUGAUGAGGAAGGAGCGUGGCCAGUCCUAAUAGAUGACUUUGUGGAAUUUGCUCGGCCAAUCGUGACUGGAUCAAAGCACAAAAGUGUAUAGAUCUGUUGAUGGUGGCAGUUUGACACUAUGGGCCUGUGUUGCCUCACUGACUUCAGCUUUUUUUUUUAAAAAAAAGACUUGUAUGAAACACAUACAAAAAGGAAAACAUGGAGAAACACUUGAACCCGGCGGGCUUGAUGAAGAGAAAGGGGGAUAGAAGGGACUCAAACCUUCAAGCAAUACAAAGAAGAAAAAAAAGCAGGUGAAGGUCCGAUACUCAAGAUUUCUUUUAGAGCUGUCACAUGCACAAUGUCAGCUGCUGCUGCUGCUGGCAAACUAAUCCUGUCCAGAGACCCUGAGGGAUUCUGGAGGAUCUCUGCAAAUCCCGUACCUCAUUCUCAUUGCAGACAAUUACACACUUGCACACUUCCCCCAUUCACGUACACAAAUCAUAGAAAACUAGAAGAGUACGAGACGAAAUGUGGUUCAAGAGUCCUUUUUCCAGCAUGCGUACCUCCUGUAGGACUUGACAAGAUGAGUAGAUCAGAUGCACUUUUAAAACCAGAGCCCCAUGGACAGAGCAACAUGCAGCUCAUGCCACCAGCACACUUGUUGCCAUUGUAAAAUACUGUAGCGGUAUGUACAGAAAUAAAUAUUAUAAAUAAACAAUAUUUUAUAAAGUAUAAAAGAACCAUUUAUUAAUAUGUGUGGAGGAUAAAUUGUGUAAAUGAACUAAUUAACUCGUCAAUGCAUCAAUAAUAUGAUUUCAUUUUUGACCACAUAAUACACUAAUGUCUGCUGUCUUGCAGACUCUGUUGUGAAAGAAUGCCAUUCAGUGUUUCUCAAUUUUGUUUACCAGAUGCCAGGAUUAUGUUAUAAAAUAAAUUAUUGCCUCUAAGUA